AUGCUCCAACAGCUGUCAUGCUGUGGUCUGCAGUUUAGUCACAUGCUGUCAUGGUGGCAACAUUUUGGUGGAGAUGAUAGGGGUCUGAGGGUCCCUGUCACAAUGUAUUGUCAAUGUGAUCUUAUGUUUGCCAUGGUCCGAAGUGUCUCCCAUGAUGAGGUCAUCACAAGCCAAAUAAGUUUCAUAAAGUUUCAUAAGGACAGUAGCAAACUUACAGCUGCCAUAGUGGUGCAGAGGGCUUUAAUUGAGGCUUUGAUGCUACAUUUUUCACCCAUUUUCCUACUCCUGCUCCCUCUGAAGGAGCCAAGGACCCAGAUGUGGCACUACAUGUCAGUGAGCUUUGCUGGGGCAUGUUGCGGGCCAAGCCAUGACAGUGGGGUGUUGUCUUGGAGUGAAGUAGAUGCUGGUAGAAAAGAGGCGAACAAACCAGCAUCAGUAGGCCCGUUUGUCCCUUUCCAAACUGCAACUGCGUCUUCAAAAACAAGUCCGGCCUCACUCAACACACACACAGGAAGCAUGCACUACCUCCACAAAUUUGGUCCUGGAUUUAUACCUGCAAGGGAACAUUCUCCCACUCCAGCAGCAGACCAGCAGCAGAAUCCAGGGUUUGUGCCUGAGGAAGGUACUUGGGUGGAUAUGGGGCAUUUAUUCCGCACUUUCCAUCUGCACAUGACAGGACUUAAAUGCAAUGCUAAUGGCACAUUCAUUGACUGGGAUGCACCUCCAUCACCUCAUAUGGAUGCCCCACCGACUGACUGGACACCUUAUAAUAAUUGGGUGGAAUCAUGUUAA